CGGCGAGCAGGCGCUGAGUAGGACAGCCCUGGAGGUGAGCGACUCACGUGCCGGCUGACGGAGAAGGCCCCUGCCUGGCUCUUCCUGGCCAUUCAGCGCAGCGCGCCACUCGCUAAGGGAAGUCCCCCGUUUCCUUGCCAACUUGCUUUCUUCGGGGUUUUGAGUCGUCAGCCGUCCCUGUCUUCAUCUUCGUCCGAGGCAGGGCCUGCUGCCGCUGCAGUAAUGCCGCUUUACGAGGGUCUCGGGAGCGGCGGCGAGAAAACCGCGGUGGUGAUCGACCUGGGCGCGGCCUUCACCAAAUGUGGCUUUGCAGGAGAAACAGGACCAAGAUGUGUUAUUCCUAGCGAAAUAAAGAAACCUGGCAUUUCAAAGCCUGUCAAAGUCGUCCAAUACAACAUUAACACAGAAGAGUUGUAUUCAUAUCUGAAGGAGUUCAUCCACAUGCUUUAUUUCAGGCACUUGCUGGUAAACCCCCGAGACCGUCGCGUUGUGAUUGUGGAGUCUGUGCUUUGCCCUUCCCAUUUCAGGGAGACGCUCACGAAGGUUCUGUUCAAAUAUUUUGAGGUGCCUUCGGUGCUAUUUGCCCCAAGCCACUUGAUGUCUCUUCUGACCCUUGGGAUUAAUUCUGCGAUGGUCUUGGAUUGUGGCUAUACAGAAAGUUUGGUGCUACCUAUCUAUGAAGGAAUUCCAGUCCUGAACUGCUGGGGUGCCCUUCCUUUGGGAGGAAAAGCUAUUCACAAAGAGCUGGAGUAUCAACUUCUGGAGCAAAGCACUGUGGAUACAGGGGCCACCAAAGGACAGAGCCUUCCCUCGGUGAUGGGCUCUGUUCCAGAAGACAUUGUAGAAGACAUAAAAGUUCGUAUUUGUUUUGUGAGCGACCUCCAGCGGGGACUGAAAAUCCAGGCAGCAAAGUUCAAUCUAGAUGGCAGUGCUGAGCGUCCCACUCCGCCUCCAGAUGUAGACUAUCCACUGGAUGGAGAGAAGAUUUUGCAUGUGAAUGGAGCAAUCAGGGAUUCUGUUGUCGAAAUACUCUUUGAGCAGGACAAUGAAGAAAAAUCAGUGGCCACUUUAAUAUUGGAUUCACUGAUCGAGUGCCCAAUAGACACCAGGAAACAAUUAGCUGAGAACUUGUUGGUGAUUGGCGGCACCGCCAUGUUGCCAGGAUUCCUGCACAGGUUGAUGGCGGAAAUCAGAUACCUGGUGGAGAAACCCAAGUACAAGGAGAUGCUGGCGUCCAAGACCUUCCGCGUCCACACUCCACCUGCCAAGUCCAACUGUGUGGCAUGGCUAGGAGGAGCCAUUUUUGGAGCACUCCAGGACAUCCUUGGGAGUCGUUCGGUAUCGAAGGAAUACUACAACCAGACAGGCCGUAUCCCCGACUGGUGCUGCCUUAAUAACCCUCCUUUGGAAAUGAUGUUUGAUGUUGGAAAAACACCCCCACCUCUGAUGAAAAGGGCCUUUUCCACUGAGAAAUAGGAGUCUGCCUGAGAUGUGUGUUUUGUUCGCAUUGUGACACCCCCUUUUUGUCCCUUUCUUUUCCUGAUGUCAGACUGAUGAAGCUGAAAGCGCACUUUCUGGCAAGCCAGCAAGGUUGAGUUCUGGAGUAGCUGACAAGCCAUCUGCCACUUCUGUCGCCCGGGAGUCUGCUUCCCUAGCUGAAGAUGAUACCCCAGUGAUAGCGUCUUAUUUAUAUGUACAGUCAUUAACAACUGCUCAAGCCUCUGACCUUUAUUGUUGUUAUUUGAAGCAUUUUAAAACUGCUUGGAACCUGAAACUGUCCCUGCAGCGUUCUCUGCUAAACUCAAUAGUAAUGUUUUAUUUCACACUAGCUGCUGAUUAAAACAUUAAUAUAUAUAUAUACACACA